AUGAGCUUUAGGCCUUCCAAGGUGGUGCCGGAGGCCUGGCCCGAGGUGGAAGCGGGGUGGGAACCCGAGGCCGGGCCUGGGCCAGACUCCGGGAGGCCGUCGGAGGUGGAGGCAGGCCCGCGGGCAGAGCCGCUCCCCGCCUCCAAGCAGGACUCAGAGCAGCUCUUGGACUCAAGUCAAGGACGGGAACCCGAGCUGAACUGGGCUUCGGGGCAGAGCACGCAGUCCCUUGGGGCGUCCCAUUCCCAAUCGGGGUCAGUGCAGGGGCGUUCAAGUCCGCAGGCUCCCAGGUCGGAAAAUCGGUUGUCGGAGAGACCCGGCUGCCGCACCAACUGCCUAGAGGCGCCCCUCUCCCGCGCCUUCGGAAGGCUGGGGUGGGAGGUGGGCUCGCACCCCUGGAUCUUCCUGCUGGUGCCCAUGGUGCUGACGGCCACUCUGGGCACUGGCUUGAUUUACUUGCCCACGGAUGUAGAAGAAAACCUCGAGGAGCAGUACACCCCCAUAGGGAGCCGGGCCAAGGCUGAGCGGCGCUUUGUGCAGGGACAUUUCACCACCAAGGACUCUUACCUCUUCUCCAUCUCCAGGAAGAGCACCGAAGUCAACUUUGCUUGUAUUCUGGCGGUUUCCAACACUGCCUCACUGCUGGAACAAGAAAUCCUAGAGGAAAUUGGUAAAUUGGACGACGUGGUACAGGAUCUGUAUGUGACAGAGGAAAACGGAGCCCAGAUCCGCUACAGUCAGGUGUGCGCUAAGAACCAGGGCCUCUGCGUGCCCUCCAACCCACUCCUGGCUGCCUGGAAGAUGAACAAGAACCUCGACCUGAGACACAUCACCUUCCCAAUCUUCAACCAAACGGGUCAGCCCAUCUACCUGGCCGGCACCAUUGGGGGAACCCUUUUCGGCAAGAGGAUGGGAAUGAACCAGUUACUCGUGAAGGCCAAAGCCAUGCGGCUUCUGUACUGCCUGAAGACGGAGGAUGGAGAGGUCAACGAGCUGAGCAAGAUGUGGCUGAUCUAUUUCCUGAACCAGUUUAGCAACAUGAAAACGAGUCUGGCCCUGAAGAAGAUCCAGGUGGUCUAUUUCACAUCACUUUCCAGACGACUGGAAUUUGAAGCAACUUCUACAACCGUGAUCCCUUUGUUCCACUUGGCAUACGUUCUAAUCAUAUUAUUUGCAAUCACAUCAUGCUACAG